GCCGCUCGGUGCCCAGCGCUCGCCUGAAACUCCCGUCGCGGCUUUCCUAAGCGCGCCGGCCGGCGCCGCGGGGGGACGGGGAUGGGUUUGGAAGCCGAACGGGCGGCGGACAAAGACGGCCCCGUUCCGGCGCGCCGCUUCCGUGCCCGUGGGGCAUAGAGGCCUGUCGGUGUCGGCCGGGUAGCGACGCGGAUCCGUCCCUCCUGCCUUCCCCGGCGGCCCGGUUUUCCUGCUGGUCGUUAAUGCCGUGUGCUCUUGAGCGCUCUUAAUCGUUGAGCGAGGACAUAACGGGCGUGCAGAGCCGUGGAUGAUCAGGAAGGUGUCUAGCCCGUCUCGGUAAGCCAUGGCCUAUCAGCUGUAUAGAAACACCACGCUGGGGAACAGUCUUCAGGAGAGCCUGGACGAGCUCAUACAGUCACAGCAAAUCACGCCUCAGCUGGCCCUUCAGGUGCUACUUCAGUUUGAUAAAGCUAUAAAUUCGGCACUGGCACAACGAGUCAGGAACAGAGUCAAUUUCAGGGGGUCUCUGAAUACAUACAGGUUCUGUGACAACGUAUGGACAUUUGUACUGAAUGAUGUUGAAUUUAGGGAGGUCACUGAACUUGUGAAAGUGGAUAAAGUGAAAAUUGUAGCAUGUGAUGGAAAAAAUACUGGUUCCAAUACUGCAGAAUGAAUAGAACUGUGGUUUGUCUGCAAUAUUUUCUGUUGAUACGCAGCACUUUCUGGAGAGAAGCAUGGAAAGGGACUGUGUUCAUACUUAAUUCUUGUGAUGCAGAUGUGUUAAUCCAUACUAGAAAGCGUCACAGAAUGACAGCGGAAGAAAUACCUGUAGCAUUUCUUCAGUUCACCUUAUAGGGCAUGAAUACAAUGUUACUUUUUUUUUUUUUUUUUAAAUUACAACUGAUACUGUUGCCUUUUUUGUUCAAAAUAAUUUCUGUAAUAAACUUUUAUUUAAAAACUUGUGAA